AUGUCCUUCUUCUUCUUCUUCUUCUUCUUCUUCUUCUUCUUAUUAUUAUUAUUAUUAUUUUUCCUUAGUUUCUUUCCAUUUCUCUCUUUCCGACUCUCUCCUUCCGCCUCUUUCUUUUCGACUCUCUCUUUCCACUUUCUCUCUUUUCACCUCUCUCUUUCCACUGUCGCUUUCUACCUCUCUCUUUCCACUUCUAUCUUUCUCUGUCCACUUCUCCCUUUCCGCCUCUCUCUUUUCAACUUUCUCUUUCCAACUCUCUCUUUCUACUUCUCUCUUUCCAACUCUCUCUUUCCACUACUAUCUUUACACCUCCAUCAUUCCACCUCUCUCUUUCCAACUCUCUCUUUACAACUUUCUCUUUCCAACUCUCUCUUUCUACUACUAUCUUUCCACAUCCAUCAUUCCACCUCUCUCUUUCCAACUCUCUCUUUCCACUUCUCUCUUUUCACUCCUCUCUUUCUAACUCUCUCUUUACAGUUCUCUCUUUCCAACUCUCUCUUUCCACCUCCCUCUUUUCAACUUUUUCUUUCCACCCCUCACUUUCCACCUUUCUCUCUCCAACUCUCUCUUUCCAAGUCUCUCUUGUCAACUCUCUCUUUCUACCUCUCUCUUUUCACCUUCCUCUUUUCACUUCUCUCUUUCCACUUCUCUCUUUUCAACUUUCUUUUUCCAACUCUCUCUCUCUCUCUCUCUCAACCUCUCUCUCUUUCCACCUCUCUCUUUCCAACGUUCUCUUUCCAAGUCUCUCUUUCCGCCUCUCUCUUUUCACUUCUCCUUUCCACUUCUCUCUUUCCACCCCUCUCUUUUCACUUUUCUCUCUCCAACUCUCUCUCUCUCUCUCCAACUCUCUCUUUCCACCUCUCUCUUUUCAACUUUCUCUUUCCACCCCUCUCUUUCCACCUUUCUCUCUCCAACUCUUCUCUUUCCAACUCUCUCUUUCAAACUCUCUCUUUCUACUUCUCUCUUUUCACCUCUCUAGCAUGGGUGGGCAAAGUACGGCCCGCGGCCCACAUGCGGCCCGCCAAACGAUUUCAUGCGGCCCGCCAAGCACAAACAGAUUUUUUAUUCAAUACUAACAUGCCCACGCCGCCAAAAAUAACAACUUAA